UUCUUCCUUCUUCUCACUUCCCAUCCCACCUCGAUCUGCUCUGCCGACCGCCCCCACCUCUCCACUCCUCUCCUCCUCCCGCGACUGCGAGCCCACGCCAUGAACGAACCCGCAGCGUAGGAUAGCACGCCGUGAACCAACCAUGGGCCGUGCGAGGGCCAAGGACGCCGGCUACGGGGGCGUCAAGUCGUUCCCGUCGCCGGCCUCGUCCUCGGCGUCGUCGUCCGAGUUCGAGUUCACGGUGACGCAGUCGCCGGGGUCCAAGCAGCGGUCGGCGGCGCAGCUGUGCCCCGCCGACGACCUGUUCUACAAGGGCCAGCUGCUGCCGCUGCACCUGUCGCCGCGCAUCUCCAUGGUGCGCACGCUGCUGCUCGCGUCGGCCUCCACCUCCUCCGCCUCCGCCUCCGACUCCACCUCCACCUCCAACUCCUCCCGCGACUCCAACGGCAGCACCUCCUCCUCCUUCUCCACCGACUGCGCGGCGCUCCUGCUCCCGGACUCCGCCCCCUCAUCCUCCCGCCCCAGCUCCGCCGCCGACGACGACCGCCACCCCAACCUGCUCCAGGGAACCGCCUCCUACGCCGGGCUCCCGCCGGCCAAGCGCACCGGCAAGCAGUACCUCUCGUCCUUCGCCACUCGCUUCUCCUCCGUCUUCCUCCACCGCGGCGCCGCGCCGGCCGCCAAGAAGCCGUCCAACAAGUCGCUCGCCAAGGAGGUGAUCAAGAAGUACGCCAAGAAGGUGAAGCCUCUGUACGAGAAGCUGUCCCAGAUCCCCAAGAACCAGAACAACCAGCCUCAGCCGCAGCCUCCGGCGCAGCAGCAGCAGUGUUUCAAGAAGCCGUUCAGUUUCUCGAUCCGGAAGAAGCGGGGCGACGAAGACAACGCCGCCGCGUCCGCGGCGGCGGCGGAGGCGGAGGCGAGCACCGGCAAGUACGCGCACUCAAACUCGUUCUCCGGCAACCUCCGGUUCCCGCGUCAGAAGCGGUGCGCGGCGAGCUGCCCGUCGUCGAUGCGGUCGUCGCCGAACCACUCCGGGAUGCUCUCCUUCGGCGGAGCAGGCGGAGUCGGCUUCCCCGACGUGCCGGCCGCAGCAGCGGCGGCCAUGACAAGCAGCAUUGGCAUGCGGCCCGUGUCGCUGUCGGCGGCGUCGUCGUCUUCGAUGGAGGAGCUCCAGAGCGCCAUCGAGGGCGCCAUCGCGCACUGCAAGAACACAAUGGGCGGCGUCGUGUCCCUGUGCCCGCGCAAGGUGCCGGCGUCGGCGGCGGCCGGCGAGAUCACCGCGUUCUGAGCGCGCGGGUGCAUGCAUGCAUGCACUAGGAUUCGUGCGAGGAGCUGAGUAAGGCUGAUUAAUCAGUGGUAUCCAUCCAUGUGUUAAUUUUUGUUCGUUUAAUUAGCUUUGUGUCCUUUGGGCAAGACUUUAAGAUGAUGUUGGUAAAUAAGGGUAGUUCGAAGGGGUAAAAUGAGACUCUAAUCCUCCUUCCUUUGGA